UUGCUUCAACGCGUUGCGUUGCAUGCGCUCGGGCGCCCGCCAAUGGCGCGGCACUGCCGUGGCCACAUCGCCCACUGCCUCGGCGGCGCCCUCGCUGGCCGGGACAGCGUCGCCGUCGCGGGCCGCCGUCGCCUGACCGGCGCCGGCCUCGCCGACGGGGUGCGCCGGCUGGCCGCCGCGCUCUCCGAGCUCGGCGUCCGCCCUGGCCACAUUGUCGCCGUCGUCGCCUUCAACAGCAUCGAGCACAUCGAGGUGUUCUUGGCCGUCACUUGCAUCGGAGCAAUCAUCGCCCCUCUCAACUACCGCUGGAGCUUUGAGGAGGCCAUACAGGCACUGCAGCUCGUGCAGCCAUCGGCGUUCAUCUUCGAUGGCAGCUACAGUUCAUGGGCGCUUCGGCUGAAAGACAGCAAGAGCUUGACAUCGAUUAAUCUUUACCUCAUCCUGGGGGAUCCCUGCAGCAUCAUCAAUCAAGCUGAAAAUUUUGUAUCAGUUGAUCAGAUCAAGAGAAGCUCAGGUGGAACUAGAGCGAUAGAGCCUGUGUCAGCCCCAAAUGAUGUUGCUCUGAUAUGCUUCACAUCUGGAACCACUGGACGACCAAAGGGCGUAGCAAUAAGCCAUACAUCUUUGAUCAUUCAAUCCCUUGCAAAAAUUGCCAUUGUUGGCUAUGGUGAGGAUGAUGUCUACCUGCAUACAGCUCCUUUGUGCCAUAUUGGAGGGAUCUCCUCAUGCAUGGCAAUCCUGAUGGCUGGAGGUUGCCAUAUCUUGAUACCUAAAUUUGAUGCAAAAUCAGCUUUCGAUGCCAUCCUAGAACACAGAGUGACUUCCUUCAUCACUGUUCCUGCGAUCAUGGCUGAUCUACUGUCCUGUGCUCGAAAACAGAAGAUAUCAGGUCAUGGGAUGACAGUCACCAAGAUUCUCAAUGGUGGUGGCGGGUUGUCGAGUGAACUGAUAACUGGAGCUUCUCACUUGUUUCCUCAUGCCACUAUCUUCUCAGCUUAUGGGAUGACUGAAUCCUGUUCAUCUCUGACGUUCAUGGUUCUCACCAGGCCAAAAUUUCAAGAACCCAAGGACCAGUUAGACAGCUCUUCUGAGGGUGUUUGUGUUGGCAAACCAGCACCUCAUAUUGAGAUACGGAUCGACAGAUGUGGAAGAAACAGUAGUUCUUCAUCAUUAGGGAAUAUCUUGACAAGAGGCUUGCAUACAAUGUCCGGAUACUGGGUGAACAACAGCAUAGACACAUUGGAUUCUGUUAGGAAUGGAUGGCUUGACACUGGUGACACUGGAUGGAUGGACAAAACUGGUAGUUUAUGGCUCAUGGGGCGACAAAAGGGAAGAAUCAAAAGUGGAGGUGAAAAUGUGUACCCAGAAGAGAUAGAAUCUAUAUUAUCUCAGCACCCAGGUGUAGCUAAAGUUGUGGUGAUUGGUGUACCGGAUAGUCGUCUUGGGGAGAAAGUUGUUGCUUGUGUUAGCAUCAGGGAUGGCUGGAAGUGGGUUGAUGCAGGAGCGGUGCACCAGAGGGAAGGCAGAGAAGUCUCUGCACAGAUUCUUCAAGACCACUGCAGGAUUAAAAAACUGAGCAGAUUCAAGGUGCCAAGGCUAUAUUAUCGGUGGAGGAAACCAUUUCCAGUGACAACAACAGGGAAAAUCAGAAGGGAACAGUUAAAGGCAGAGAUAUUAGAGAGCAUCAAAAUACCCAGCAAUUUGUAGUCAUAGACCAGUGUCAGUAACCAAGGCACCACAAACAAGCACAUUCUGUUCUUCAUCGUUAGCUUUUGGUACAUUACAGCAAUGCCUGAAUUUUGUUCCCUUUUUUACAGGCAAAAUGCCACCCCUACCUGUCACAUACUGAAUUUGAGUUCAUAUACCUGAUUAUUUCAUCAGCUAAACAGCCUAAACCUGAUGGUCAUUUCUGGCCUUUUGCAACCUUAUGCCAGAAGAUAGAUUGUUCAUAUUUAUCAUGACUGAAGUAUGAAUGUAUGAUUCUGGCAAUGACA